UGAUGUGGGUUUGGCUGUUUAUCUGCAAUAUCUGCAAUUAAUUCCUAGAUCAGCAUUUGCCAGGUCAUCUUGCCUCUAUUUUCUCAUUAUUCUGUACUUCUAACACAUUUCUAACUGAGGAGGACCUCUCCCAGACACUCUCCUUUCAAGCAAACCCUCUAUCUCUUCUCACAAGUCUUCGAACUCCUUCUCUGGAGACGUCAUUCACACUUUCACACAGUUGCCUAGGUUACUCUAACUCCCUCUCUCUCUCUCUUCUCGGUUGGACCUUGAGGAGAUCAAACCCAAACCAGUGCUUUUACACAAGUCCUUUUCUGUCUUUAUGGCUGUUCAGAACCUCACUUAUCAGACUCAUUUUAAUUCAAGCAGCAAGAAGCCACAAAUCACACAUUUUUUCAUUUUUUGCUCCUCCCAGUUUUCUCCCCCUUCCUUCUCGCUUUUGAAUUGAACGUUUGUCUACAGAGACGUCAAAAUUUAACAAUGAAAUUGUUGGAAAAUGCAAAGUUGGAUGGGAUCAGUACUGCAUUAAGUAUAGAUACUGGUCACUGUCGCAUCAGUGGAAGGGUUGAAAGUUACUCUUGCAAGAUGGCCGGCAAUGACAAGAAGCUAUACAAGCAGCUCUCAUCACAAGAUGGUGGCCAGUCCUCGUCAUCAGUCCAGGCUCUCUCGCCUCCUCAAACCCUAAUAAUAGGCUCACCGGUCUAUGGUAGCCCUAGUCUACUGCCUCCUGUGAGCCUUCCAACCAUAUUAAUGAGAUCAGUCAGUGGCUGUAGUACAGUUAGCUCAGAUUCGUCUCAGCCUCAGCUUUGCGAUACCAUCUCUCACAAGACCUUAUUCUAUUUAAAGUCCACCCUUAACGCCUCCUUUUACCCUGACUAUGAUUUCUCUGAUGCAAAGUCGGACGAGUUUAGUCGCGAGCUGUCGGUCCAGUGGGUAAUGGACGCAGUAAGGUCUAACCUCUCUCCUGCUGUCUGUGAUCGGUUUGCUAGUCUUGAGUCGCAACUGUGGGCAACCAUUGAUGAGGAGAUAAUCCUUAAAGACUGUGACAUAUACAGCUAUAAUGCCGAUCUUGAGUCAGAUCCGUAUGGCGUCGAGGGUAGCCUGUGGUCAUUUAACUAUUUCUUUUACAACAAGAAAUUAAAGCGUAUCCUUUUCUUUUCUUGUCAUGCAACAAGUCCCAGUGCUGAAGACAUGGAGCUGGAGGUCUGCUCACCAACUUUUGAAGAUACAGACCUCCUUGACCCUUCAGAUAUUGAAGACACUAACAACGGGACCACCUCCGCCUCUCAACUUCAAGAGCUCUUUUCUUAUUAAAACAAUCCCACCCUCACAUCCUCUCUCUCUCUUCUUUCUUCCUUCUGUAUAUAUUCAGAGCCGUGUGUGCUGUAGAGUGCUAUUAGUAUUACAUCAGCCCCCCCAAAGAACAUUUAACAUUAUGUAAAUCUCCCUUCCAUCCCUCCCUCUUUUUAAAUGUUAACAACAUUUUUUAUAUCAUUUAGUUUCAAAACUAA